AGAGAGCGCGAGGAAAGCGCCAGAACUUUCAGUUCCUCCGCAUUCUUCAUCACGAACGGUUCGAGCAAAGUUCUCGCGAGUCUCGGGCAAUUAUUAAUUAAUUGACUUGGCGCGAAAUUGAGUUGCAAAAAUGUGCCGCUGCUGGUGUGUUGCUCAUCCCACGCGAGGCGUGUGAAUGUGGGCAGAGAGAGGAUUCUAGCCUGUGUCCAGUGAUCGGAGGAUGGGAACAUUUCUUCACGGCUACGAUCAUCCCGUGUUGUGGUCUGAGGAGAAGCGUCGCGUGGAGCAGCGGAGGAUUGCAGACGAGAGUCUGAAGGUGGUGAGGCAACAGAAGGAGCAGCAAUUCAGGCAGAAACUCCAAGACAGGGAGCAGUACAGGCAGAUGAUUGAGAAGCAUUGUCCGUGGGGAAAACCAGGUGGUGGAGCACCAAAUGAUACCAUUCGCAUGACAAACAUCACCAAAGUGGGUCUCUUUCCAGAGGCAAUAAACACUGUCCGCAAUUAUGUUCCACCCCUUCCAAUGCCAAAGAUACGCGGAGGCGGCGGUGGAGCGCCGAUUCGAAGCAAUUCGGGUCGCUUAAUCACAACGUUUAGAGAUGAUCCUUCCAUCACGUUCAAGGAUCAGACGAGAAAUAUUGUAGAUAUUGAAUUGAGGUACAAAACAUCCCCCAAGAAUAAGAAGACGUAUAAAAUGGAAUUAGAUAAAAUUGUGGAGGAAAAGCACCAGCGGAAGAAGCAAGAGAAUUGCUCUUGUGAGAAGUCAACUGCUGAACCUUGGGGAAAAGCUGGUCCGGGUGGGACUCCUUGGCGUCCUCCGAAUGCCAUCGGAUGCUCCUUCAUGGAAUCCAUGGGCUGGACAGAUUCCAAACUACUACAGAAGAUGGAUUCAGAGACACACUCGGCCUAUACAAAUCCUAAUGUUCGCAUUAAAGUUUCUCCGCCGUCAGAUCAAGAGAAACUCGUUUACCCUUUCCAGAUGAAGAACAUCAAGGAAGAGGCGCGAAAGCCUCAUCCUGCUUGCUGUCUCAUGUGCAACUGUCUCUGUGUUAAGGAUGGCAAGAAUAGGCACGCUCCGCCCCCGCCCCCGCCUCCUCCGCCACCCAUCAACAAUCCCGUUCCGCGACGCAUCCGCCGAGAGUGUGAUAAAUUGACGCCCAAAGUCACUGAGACGAAGCCGAAGACAACAAAUCCAAAAACCAAGGUUCGAACUCGCUCUUACAUGAUAUCGGAAGGGGUUGAACUGGUGCCUUUGCUGGCCAAAAGGAGAGCUCAGGAGCGACCCAUCAGCCUCUCCUCGACGGACGUCACCAAGUACAAAGAGGUGGGACACACGGAAAACUACAGCGUCCAGUAUCUCAAUGAUCUCUGUCGGCAGAUGAACAAGAGACGCAGAGCUUAUCAGAAAAGCAAGAAAAUGGACAUCGAGACAAGCAGACGCCACUUUGAGACGUGGAGCAGCUUCUGGGGACGUCCUGGACACGGAGCACCGCGAGAAAUAAAGAACAAACUCAAUUUAGACGAUUUGCUUUACAAACUACCUCUGACGGGUAAAGCAAAUUAGUACUAAAGUGUCCAUUUAGAUUUGUUUUAGCCUUCUUUUAGGUGAAAUCGAAAGAACGCAUUAGAUUCACACGAGAGAAUUCUAUUUAUUGUUGAAUGAUUAUGUUUAUUGGUAGUACUUUUGCUGACUUAGUACUUGAGAUUA